ACCAUCAAUAAUCAUAUUCUACUUCAUACAUAUACUUGUAUUUCACAAAUUCAAUUUUGGAUGAAACAUGGAUCAUUACAGUGCUCAAUUGAUGGAAGAUGUAGUUCUCGAGCCUAAAACAAACGCAGUGUCAAAUUUAAGAAAGUCAAAUCCAAAAAAUACAAAUGCAUCGAGUUCAAAACUGAAACCUGAAAAACAGUACAAAGGACUAAAGGUUGAGAUGCAAACCCUAAGGAUGUCCCCAGAAUCAGAGAAAAUGCUUUACGAAGUUUUAAGAAGUGUUUUCGGACCAAAUUACAAACUAGCAGAUAUUUCUGAAUUUGAAAAUAAAAAUUCGAAUUUAGGCAAACAGUAUUGGCUGCAGAGAGGUAAUUUAGUAAUCAAAGGAUUCACUGACUAUUCAUCAAGAGACAACACUGUCAAGUCUCAGGAACAAAUCAUAGAGACAUUUGCCACCUCAAAAUUAGAAAGUUAUAAUUUCCAUCCAUCUCAUUGUGCUGAAGCAUUAUCACAUACACAAGGUCACUUGGGUAAAGCUCUAGAAGUACUUUUUUGUAAAUAUUAUGGCAUUGAGAAUCUUCCGAAAAAAGAUUUUAUUGAAGGAGUUGAUGAUAAUGAUUUACGCGAAAAAAGAAAUGAUGAAAAAGAAGCUUUAGAAUCUAUUUACAGUGACGUAUUUACGGAAAAAAUUAAAAAUCAAGUAUGGGAAUUUCAAGUAAAGUUAAAUUAUCUCGUUGAGACUGAUGAUGAAAAAGUAGUAAAGACAAAACCAAAGUUGCAAUUAAAUGAUAUAUGUAGGCUGUAUUUGGCAGGCAAUUGUAGGUAUGGGAUAAAGUGUAAAUUUCGUCAUCAGAAGCCAAAGCUAGAAGAACUUCCAAAACCAAAGAGGGACCCCUAUUUUACUUUAGAAGUAAGAUUUCCAGAAGGUUGCAAAUAUCCGUAUGAACCUCCUUAUUUUUUCUUCUACAAAAAUGAUGGUAUAUAUUCACCAAUAAACUGUCUCAGAAUUGGGAGGAGAUUGUACAAUGAGGCAUUAGAUCUUUACAAUGACGGCACACCAAUAAUAUUUUCCAUCAUUUCUCUUUUGGAAACUGGAAGUGAAAUCGAGGCUUACUUGAAAGAAAAUAAAGAACAGUUUUUAGAUCAGGAUGAACCCUUAUUUUCAAAGUCCAUUGUUUCAGAAGAUAUUGGUCCCUUGCAUUACACGAAAGGCAAUACAAUCAAAAAUAAUCGUAAUGGAUACACGGCAGAGGAUGUCGUUAUACAAAAUCAGGAGAUAAAAAAAAACUUCAUGGACAAGCAGCACAGCUCUCAAUACUUGAAAAUGAAAGAAGAUAGAAAAAAAUUGCCUGCCUGGUCAAAAAUGGAUGAAUUAUUAAAGACUAUUCAUCAAAAUCAGAUCACAAUUGUAUCUGGCGAAACUGGUUGUGGUAAAAGUACGCAGGUUCCGCAAUUUAUAUUAGAUGAUUGGAUCGUUAAUAUGACUGAAGAAGAUAGAAAACAUGUCAACGUAGUAUGUACUCAGCCACGACGGAUAAGUGCAGUUGGAGUUGCCAAACGCGUAGCUGCAGAAAGAAUCGAAAAAAUCGGAGAGACCGUUGGGUAUCAAAUAAGAUUAGAGAAUAAAGUUUCCAGUAAAACAAGGCUCACCUUUUGUACAACUGGUAUUUUGUUGCAAAGGAUGUCUAGUGAUUCAGAGUUAAAGUCUGUCACGCAUAUUAUUGUUGACGAAGUGCAUGAAAGAAGUGCAGAAAGUGAUUUUCUGCUUAUGCUGAUAAAAAAAUUGAUUCGUAAGAGGCGAAAUUUAAAAGUAAUUCUCAUGAGUGCGACAUUAAAAUCGGACGUGUUUUCCGCCUAUUUUGGAAAAAUACCAUUAUUAGAUAUUCCAGGGAGGACUUUCCCGGUACAGCAAUUAUUUUUGGAGGACAUAUUAGAAAAAUCAAAGUUUGUUGUCGAAGAGAACUCAAAAUAUACGAGAAAAUUUAAAGGGGGCUGGGAUAAUUUAAACCUCAACCUUGACUUGGCUGACGUCGCAAGCUUAGCACAAGUGCCUCCAACAAAUACAAUUAUGGAUGAAAAUUUGACCCUGCCACAAAUAAUUGCUCGGUACUCAACAUACUCAAAGCUGUCUCAAAAGUAUCUAUACGUCAUAGACCAUGAAAAAAUCAAUUACGAUUUGAUCGAGAAAGUAUUAGAGUGGAUUGUGGAUGGCGAUCACGAUUAUGCAAGAACUGGAUCUAUUUUGGUGUUUCUACCCGGUAUUGCUGAAAUAAUGACACUAAAAGAAAUUCUGAAUGACAACAAGCUGCUCUCUCCAAAAUCGCUUAAAUUCAUCAUAAUACCGCUCCACUCAACUCUCUCGAGCGAGGAACAAAGUUUAGUGUUCAAAAAACCCCCCGUAGGCGUCAGAAAAAUCGUACUCAGCACAAACAUAGCAGAAACGUCGGUCACGAUAGACGAUUGUGUUUUCGUCAUCGACACUGGAAAAAUGAAAGAAACGCGUUUUAAUACUGAUAAAAAUAUGGAAAGCUUGGAAACGUGUUGGGUGUCGAGGGCCAACGCAAGACAACGGAUGGGUCGUGCUGGUCGUGUUAUGCCCGGUGUCUGUAUUCACCUUUACACCUCAUUUAGGUAUAAGUACAGUUUUUUACUGGAGCCCAUUCCUGAGAUCCUCAGAGUAUCUCUGGAUUCAAUUCUACUAAGGAUAAAAAUUUUACACCACAAUGAAAACAUCGAUCUUUUUGAAGUCUUGGGGAGAAUGAUUGAGCCACCAACUACAGAAAGCAUAGCAACAGCCAUCAAACGGCUACAAGAUGUUGGCGCGUUGGAUCCUGAAAUCAUGCUAACUCCGCUAGGUCAUCACUUGGCCGCUCUACCGAUCGACGUUCAAAUAGGCAAGCUAAUACUUUUCGGUGCCAUUUUCUGUUGCUUGGAUUCAGCUCUCACCAUUGCAGCCUGUUUGUCUCACAAGAGUCCCUUCCUUACGCCUUUUGAUAAGAAGCAGGAAGUCUAUGCAAAAAAGAAGCAAUUUAUGGUUGCCCAUUCCGAUCAGUUGACAACUUUGAGGGCAUACAGAAGAUGGCUCGAGGUUAGUGAACGUGGCUAUCAAGCAGGACUAGCGUUUGCCAACGAGAAUUUUCUAUCUGUACGAGCCCUGCAAACCAUUGCAGACGUUAAACACCAACUCUUGGAACUACUAGUUUCCAUUGGUUUUGUUCCUAUUAAUGUGAAAAAACGACCCAUAGGCCAGGACAGAGUACUAGGGAUGACAGGUUCUGAACUAAACGUCAACAAUGACAAUUACAAUCUACUGCAAGGCUUGCUUUGCGCUGCCUUAUAUCCUAAUCUAGUAAAAGUACUCACACCCGAAAAGACGUUCCAGAUACAGUCAACUGGAGCAAUACCACGUCAACCUAAACCUGAAGAAUUGAGAUUUCAGACAAAAGAUGGUGGAUUCGUCAAUAUUCACCCAUCCUCCAUUAAUUUUACUGUAGGGUAUUACUCUAGUCCUUAUUUGGUUUACCAAGAGAAAUUGAAAACAAGCAGAAUAUUCAUCAAGGAGGUGACGAUGGUACCCAUGCUUGCGCUGGUACUGUUCUCUGGUUACGGUAUCGACAUUGAACUUCACAACGGGACUUUCAUCAUUUCGCUCGGAGACGGCUGGAUUAUGUUUGCAACUGAAUCGCUCAGGACUGCUCAACUUCUGCAGCACGUGAGAGUGGAAUUAGUCAAAUUACUGAAACAGAAGAUGGAAGAUCCUCUACUGAAUCUCGUUAAUCAUCCUAACGGGAGAAAAAUCAUUCAAACUAUUGUUACGAUUGUUUCUCUCAAUCAUUGAUAUACUUGAGCGUGAAUGUUGAACACAAUUUGGAUAAUUUAUAGAACAAGUAGCAAUUUUUGUAAUAUAAAAUUUAAAAUUCUAUCAACUUUGUAACGAAGAAAAAAA